AUGGGUGUGGAGGUGGAGACUUGUCAAGCCGGCACCGGCAAGACCUUCCCACAGAAGGGAAAUCGCCUAGAAGUCCAUUAUACUGGGACAUUGGCCACUGACGGACGAAAGUUUGACUCUUCUCGUGAUCGGGGAAAGCCCUUCUCCUUCACUUUGGGUACAGAACCUGCUCAGGUGAUCCGAGGCUGGGAGGAAGGCAUGCUGCAGCUGUCGCUUGGGGAAAAAGCGACGCUGCGUAUCAGCUCGGACUUUGCAUAUGGCGAAUCCGGUUAUGGAGAUGGCAGCAAGAUCCCUCCGAACGCAGAUCUCGUCUUUGAUGUGGAGCUGGUUUCUAUAAACGGGAAAACGAGGAGUGACUUGGAAAAGUUCGAGGCUGAGCUGAACAAGUGGGCAGCCAAGAAGCUGGCUGAGUUCGACAGCGACGACAAGCUCAAGGCGAAGUACACGUCCAAAGACGAUUAUGCUCAAUAUUUGAACAGGAAGUCGGCGAAGCGGCUUCGUCAUAUCGAAAACACAUGA